AUGACGCGCUGGCAUGAACCCGAGUGCCUAACGCCAGAUAUCAAUCUGGAUGGCGUCACCUGCUUCCAUCAUGUCGCUCUUGCGAUUAUGCCCCAGACCUGGAAAGGCUACUGGGCGAGCAAAAAAAUCACAGCCCGUUUCCGGCCCCUCCACCCGAUGAACCAAAAGGGAGAAUGGACCUGUGGUGGCCUCCUUCUAUAUACGCGCGAAGACGAGACCAACAAUGACGGCAAUGGCCUCGACACUUCGACGAACUCUUCGAUCUAUCCUGGCAAGCUCUGUUAUGGGGAGUUUCGCCUGGCCUGUAUCACCAGUCCAGGUCAUGACCAGCCAGUCCAUCUUGAUCUUGAAACACACUCAAUCGACAACUGUCCUGAAUACGAAACGGCAUCCUACACCUGGGGCGGGGAAGAGGACGACAACACCAAGAAGUAUCCCGUGUUCGUGGGGCCAUAUGGGGAUGUCAGCUUUCAGACUCGCAAUUGUUGGGAGAUGCUGCGGUUUUCUUCAUCCCGGGUGAGGGAUUCGACUGAUGUGGAUUGA